AUGCGUCCAAUCCAGCUUCUAACCGAUCCGAAGAGACCAAAAGCAUCCGCGUCUCUUGAAGCCGACAUUGAGAAACUCGAUGGCCAAGUUGUGUAUUCGAUAAACAAAGAGUCAUCACCAGUCUUGCCUGUCUCCGAUCACUCGCUAGCUGAGAGGCCCGAAACGUUGCCGGAUCUUCUAAAACAGCCUCAGCUAGAAGCGGGUGGACAACACGUUGAGCACGUCAUGUCACAAGUUGUAGAAGCUGUCUGGGACAGCAUCUGGGAAGUUGAUCGGCGUGAUGACUUUGGAUAUCUUGCCAAUAUGCCGAAUCGAAAGCGACUGAAUCGA